AUGUCGGGCUUGGGCUUGCAUGCGUCUUGUGCAUCCACAACUGAUGCAGCUGCGGAGUCCCGUGUAAAGCUGUCUGAAGAUGAAACCACUCAAAUGAAAAGUGAUAGAAGUGUUUCUCAGUCACGAAGACCGAUCAGUAUUCAAAGCGUCUUUCUUGAUCACAAUGUACCAGAAAGAGUGUUUAGUGUUUUAUCCCGUGGGCAUACUGCUCACCAUGUUGACUCGACCAUUCCACACAGUGCUGCUAGCUCCAUGUUUAUUCCAAGUUGUCAGUCUGCUUCUUCUCGAGUUUUUAGGAAAAAACUCAGCCAAAUAAGAAAAUCAAAAAAGUCCAAGGAAAAGGGACCUAAAGGAGAAAAUGUUUUCACUGGCAAAAGAUUCGGCAACAUUUUCAGUCUUUCCUCACAGUUUAUCCAACCAGCACCUUCUUCUUACUCUAGGAUUAUUGCUUCUAAAUAUCCAACAGCAAGUCCUGAGAGUCAUCCUUUACCAAAGACUCCAGACUAUACUCAAGAGGGCCCUUAUCUUCCGAGAGAUGUAAGUGGGACACUGAUAAGCCCCAUACCUAGUAGCACAUCUACAGUACGGGAAGCACGGUGGUCUGAACGUCCUAUAUACAACUUCGCAAGUCUUAGUAAAGUGGUACUGAACAUUGCUAAACUUCCAGAAAUCCGUUCCCUACCAACACCAGUUUUACCCAGAAAACCUCAAAGACAGACCGCACUAGCUUUAAUUAGAAUGAGAAGACUAGACCCAGAUGCACAUGUUUUGCGUGGUGAAGGUUUUAAGACUGUUGCAGCCACACACUAUGAAACAAUAACGGCAAUGACCUCCCUGGCCAUAAUAAUCUGCCAAAUCUAUGGGAGGAACGCACUCAGUCUCAAGGGAUUCUUUCUUCUGCAAUGUCCAGACUUAACAUCUGUGGCUUUGCAACUGAUAUAUCUUAAUUUAUCAUUUAAUCAUCUCACCCAAUUUCCCACUGAAAUAUUUUGUCUUAAAAAUCUACAAAUACUGAAACUGAGAAAUAAUCCCAUCAAAGAAAUUCCUUCUGAAAUUGAACAACUUAAGUGCCUUAGAAAUUUCUGCAUUGCCUUUAAUUUGAUUAGAGACCUUCCUGUUGGGUUAUUUUGCCUACCUUGCCUUGAGGAACUUGAUAUUUCCUACAAUGAAAUUUAUGUUAUUCCAAACGAAAUCCAGAAGCUCAGAUCGCUUGACAAACUGAACAUUGAUGGAAAUUACAUGACUUCUUUUCCACCUGGAAUUCUGAAGCUUAACUUGACAAAACUCCAGUUUGAUAAUACUUUCACUAAUCAUAAUUUUUGGGCAGAGAAUUGUUUGAAUAGUCCCCAACGGCUUCCUCAACUUUGUUCUUUGUUCAUUGUCAAAAAUAAUUUACAUAAAAUUCAAGCUAUGGUCCCAAAAAUAUUUCAAAAGUUUCUGAAAAGCACAUCCAGAUGUGAUUGGUGUCAUGGCCCCAAAUUUGGUGAUGGUCUGCGUAUCAUCCGAUCCUGUGAUAUGUUUGGAGCAACACAAAUUCCAAUCAUGUUCUAUGUCUGCUCUUCUUCCUGCUAUCUGGAGAUAAGGGAAAGCGGUUUUGUUUUAGAAGGUUUUCCUAGUAGAAGAAUAAUCCUAAAUAAGGACUGGGUAAAGGAAAAGAAAGCCAGUGAGGUAUCAUUCUAUCUGUGA